AUGAAGAAACCUUCGGCUUCAGCAGGGCACGGCCACUUCAUACGUUGCAGCAAGGACGGUUGCACUUCUACGAUCAACUGCAAGAACUCGCGACACUCCUUGGCCAGAAAGGCAGUGCAGCUUGAUCGCUGCCGUGUCUUGCGAAAAGACUGCAAUGUGAUCAAGUUCUGUUGCAAGCAGCACCUCGAAGACUGCCAAAAGGUUGCGAAGAAGGCCAAGCCCAAAUCACGGACUGAUGAGGCACUGAACGCCGAACAGUUCGCUGCCCUUUUUCUGGCGCUAUGCGACUGCGGCUUCCCAUGGGCCGGCGUGCUCAUCCUGAUCCAGCUUUUUCUGGGGGACCGAGCCGAUUGCAGCCGGUCCUGCAGGGUGUCAUGGCUGGUCAAUGUCCUUUCUGCGGGAGCAGACGUUGCCGGUUUGCCCGCAAUAUGCAUUCCGGACAAUGUGAACGGCAAGACUGUCGGCGGGCAGCGGCCUUUGGACAAGUCAUUUGCACGAUUGCUUCGCGACUGGGUAGAGAAGGAGCCUCUUAUGGGAGCCAAAGGCAGCCAGUGGCCACUAAAGAAUCAAGACUUUAGCGCUCCAGAUGCGUGCCUGUUCCCGGGGACAGAGCUGGCGACCCAGCGUCAUGCUUGGGAAAGGCCGAUUUCGGAGCGGGCGUAUUUCGGGGCUCUGCGCAAGGCCGUCGACAGCAUCGCUGUAGCAAGGAAGCACGACGAGGACCAUGGACGACAAAACAUAUUUGCGGAGGUCGAUCUGGCGCACAUCGGAACACACACGGUCAAGAAGACCUGUGUGUCAUUGCUUGCAGAGGCUGGUGCUACCAUGGCUGUCAUAAGUUCGAUCACAAACACAUCGGUGGCGGUUCUAAAAAAACACUACGACGUCCCAACAAACCUGCGCAAGCGUCGUGCGAUCGACUGCGCCUUGGGUCCUGUGAUUGCCGGGCUAGUCCAGCAGGAUGCUGCGCCUGGCCCAAGUCGUCCUGCCGCAGGUACUUCUCAAGCAGUAGAUGAAUCUGCUAGAUGGUGCCCUUUCUGUGGCAAGCAGCUGACCCCUGGCUGGAUCUAUUGUCACUUUUGCGGGGCCAAAUUGCCCACCCAAUGA